AUUCAGGCGAGAUGGCGGCCAGAGGUGGUUUUCAGUCUGCACCGACUGGCGGUGGUGGCGGCGGCGGCGGUGGAGGAGGAGGGGGGAUGGGACCCGGACCCCCGGUACCGGGUGGAGGACCGGGCAUGGGCCCGGGAACUCCAUCCGGGAGGAUGGGACCCUCAUCGGCUGGGGCGCAAAAUCACAUGUAUCGCUCUCCGAUGCCCGGGCCCGGUUACCCGAGACCCGGUAUGCCCCCCUCCAGCCGUAUGACCCCACAGGGGCCAGCCAUGGGCCCCCCGGGGUACGGCAAUAGUCCGGUGUCCCGUCCUGGGAUGGCUGGUGUGAUGGACCCUUCUCGGAAGCGGCCCGCGCCCCAGCAGAUCCAACAGGUCCAGCAACAGAAUCGCAACCAGCACACAAAGAAGAAAAAGAUGGCUGAUAAAAUUCUACCUCAGAGGAUCAGGGAACUGGUCCCAGAGUCUCAAGCUUACAUGGACCUGCUGGCCUUCGAGAGGAAGCUGGACCAGACCAUCAUGAGAAAGAGGCUGGACAUCCAGGAGGCUCUGAAGAGGCCCAUUAAGCAAAAGAGAAAGCUCCGGAUCUUCAUAUCAAACACCUUCAACCCCGCCAAGCCUGAUGCCGAGGAUGGAGAGGGCACAGUUGCAUCGUGGGAGCUGCGUGUUGAGGGGCGUCUGCUUGAGGAUACAGCUGUGUCCAAGUAUGAAGCCACCAAGCAGAAGAGGAAGUUCUCCUCUUUCUUCAAGUCCCUGGUGAUCGAGUUGGACAAAGACCUGUAUGGUCCUGACAAUCACCUGGUGGAGUGGCACAGGACUGCCACCACCCAGGAGACGGAUGGGUUCCAGGUGAAGAGGCCAGGUGAUGUGGGCGUUCGCUGCACGGUCCUGUUGAUGCUGGACUACCAGCCCCCCCAGUUCAAGCUGGACCCCCGGCUGGCCCGCAUGCUGGGGAUUCACACCCAGACGAGGCCUGUCAUCAUUCAGGCCCUUUGGCAAUAUGUCAAGACCCACAAGCUCCAGGACCCCCACGAGCGCGAGUUCAUCAACUGUGACAAAUACCUGCAGCAGAUCUUUGAGACCCAGCGUAUGAAGUUCUCUGAGAUCCCUCAACGUUUGCAUGCACUGCUGAUGCCCCCGGAGCCCAUCAUCAUCAACCAUGUGAUCAGCGUUGACCCCAACGACCAAAAGAAGACAGCCUGUUAUGACAUUGAUGUGGAAGUGGACGACACCUUGAAGACUCAGAUGAACUCAUUUCUGCUCUCUACUGCUAGUCAGCAGGAAAUUGCAGGCCUCGACAACAAGAUCCAUGAGACCAUUGAAACCAUCAACCAGCUGAAGACCCAGAGGGAGUUCAUGCUGAGCUUUGCCAGAGAUCCUCAGGGCUUUAUCAACGACUGGCUGCAGUCUCAGUGCAGAGACCUCAAGACCAUGACGGAUGUAGUCGGGAACCCGGAAGAGGAGCGAAGGGCAGAGUUCUACUUCCAGCCUUGGGCCCAGGAAGCGGUCUGUCGCUACUUCUACUCCAAGGUUCAGCAGAGGCGCCAGGAGCUGGAGCAGGCUCUCGGCAUCAGGAAUACCUGAAGGAUUUGCUCAGAGGCAUCAGGCAAAUGAGGAGACGUGCCGUGCUUUCGGAGAUGACUAGAGUGUGCGUGUGUAGGAUCUUCAAACGAAUGCCCCCAUCUCUCUUCCACCCCCCCUCUCUUCUUUGUCUCCCCCCCCCCCCCCCCCAGCAAGCUUAGUAGAAGUUGUGCUAGAUGGCUUUACUGUUGAAUACGAUGUGAAGUCUGUAUCCUCGUCCCGCAGCUCAACGUGUGUUGCAGUUUGGUUGCUGAUGGAUUGGUUGUUAUUUCGUUCUUUUUAGGCAGGGUUUGUUUGUUUCUCACACCAGAAAUCCUUGAGCACAAUGUUAUUUUUUUUCCCCUCUCGAUCUUCUUGUCCAAGCCUUAUCCUAAAAGCAUUCCUUUCGAUUUUGAUAAAAUUUCUCCCCCUGUCAAACACAAAGUGGCUGAUUGUAUGCCUAUAAGAAACAGUGGCCGCUUGUGCCAGGUAACCGCUUCUAAUACUCCUCAUCCUGCAAACGAACAAAAAUGAUCUUAAAAUUAACCAGUAUGUGUUGAUUCUGCCAUCGGUCUGUAGUCGCCCUUCUUACAAAGCUAAUCUGAAUUGCACACUUUUCCCCCUCAUUGACUUGCCAUAAAGUUUUAUAAUGAU